CCGGCCCCGCAGCUGAGGAAGGAGCCGGAAAUCCGCUGGGCUCGGGGCGUCGAGAUGGAGGAGAGCGAGUAUGAAUCUGUGCUCUGCGUCAAGCCGGAGGUGCACGUCUACCGCAUCCCGCCGCGGGCCACCAACCGUGGCUACAGGGCUGCAGAGUGGCAGCUGGACCAACCAUCAUGGAGUGGCCGGCUACGGAUCACUGCAAAAGGGCAGGUGGCCUACAUCAAGCUGGAAGACAGGACCUCAGGAGAGCUCUUUGCUCAGGCACCAGUGGAUCAGUUUCCCGGCACAGCUGUGGAGAGUGUGACAGAUUCCAGCAGGUACUUCGUCAUCCGCAUUGAAGAUGGAAAUGGGCGCCGGGCAUUUAUUGGAAUUGGCUUUGUGGAUCGAGGCGAUGCCUUUGACUUCAAUGUUGCAUUGCAGGACCAUUUCAAGUGGGUGAAGCAGCAGUGUGAAUUUGCAAAACAGGCCCAGAAUCCAGACCAAAGCCCCAAAUUGGACCUAGGCUUCAAGGAGGGCCAGACCAUCAAGCUCAACAUCGCAAACAUAAAGAAGAAGGAAGGAGCUGUUGGAACUCCCCGAGCCCGGCCUGCUAGUACUGGAGGGCUAAGCCUGCUUCCUCCUCCCCCAGGGGGCAAAGCCUCUACCCUGAUCCCCCCACCUGGGGAGCACUUGUCUGCUGGGGGGUCCCUAAUCCAGCCAACAGUUGCUGCUGGUUCAGAAGGUGCCACUGUGUCCUGGCCACAGCCCAAGCCUGCUACUGCUGCAACCGCCGACGUCUGGGGAGACUUUACCAAAUCAACAGGAUCUCCUCCUAACCAAACUGAGCCGGGCACAGGCUGGGUCCAAUUCUGACCCGAGCACAGCUUUCCUGGUACAACUGCCAGAAGAAGCCGCCUCAUUUGGGACAAAGGAAGGAGGAUGAAGCACUCCUUGGCUGGCCCUGUUUGGAGCAUGACUGUCUGCUCUCCUCCUUGCUGGGCUCUCCUGACAGACUGGGCAUGUUAGAGAGUAAAUCGGCCCCUUGUCCACUGAUUCCUGGGAUUCACGUAUGCAGCUGGGACACAGGAGAGGAAAAGUUCCCGGAUCUUCAGCGCCGUCUGUCCUUUGGACUGAGAGAGACUCAGAUUUCUUCCAUCACAAUAACCCGAUUAAACACAAGCCCCCCAAAGCAAAAGACCGGGUCGAGUUUGCUGCCUGGAUUCAGAUCAGCCUCUCUCAGGGUUUACAGGUGCCACGUGAUCACUGGUUGGCAGGGGCUCUCUGCACUCCGUUGGCUGUAGCCACUUCAGUCAGGGUGCCUUCCAUAGGAAGGAUUUCUUCCUGAUUUCUAGUGGGUUUACAGGCUCCAGCUUGAGCAGACAACCAACAGGGAAAUUGGAAGAAUUAAGCAGCUCUUUAACAAUAUUAAUAUUUGGCUUUGCUGAUGUGCUAUUAACUCGCUGUCUUUGCAAAGAGGACUGCUCCCACAGUGUGCUGAAGCAGGGGCCUCUGAAGGCAUUCCUUGCCGUCUGCCCGCCGGUCCGAAAUUCAGGCAGCAAGCAGUGUUCAUCUCUGCCCAAUUGCUUGGUUUCCAUGUCUUCAGGCCAGGUGCAACAUGCAGGGCCAAGGCUGGUGGCCUGAAGGUGAAAGUGUGGAGGUGGAUGGGGGUCAGCCUUCUUGCCCGUGGCAGCUCCCCGGGCUCAUGGAUUUACAGUGCAGUUCCCGGUGGACUCGUGUUUUCUCUGUGGUGGUUUCCGAAGUGCCUUAUCUGCAGACAACCUCUUGCUUGCUUUUCUUCAGGGACUGUGAUAGACAGAAGUUCAGUAAGCUGGAAGUCCAGGGCUGCCUGGACUGCUGGUUUACAAGAAAUCUUUUAUUUGAGUGUACCUCUGAAAUGCCUUUUAUUGACUUACCUUACCUCUCAGUGGAAAGAUUUCUUUUUUGAAGGGUGAAGACCAUGAACUGAAAAAAGUGUUACUCUUUUUGUGGGACCAGAUUUUUAAGAUUGAAAAAAUAAAUAUUUUUACUUCUGUCA